AUGACCGUCCACGUUAUUCUCCUGUCCGGUAGAUCCGGCGUGGGCAAGACCUCCGUCGCGAACGAGAUGUCGGCGGAGCUUCGACGACACAACAUCUCCCAUGCACACAUUGACAGCGACAAUCUCGAUUUCAUCUAUCCCGAAGAAGUCGGACCCGAUAUGAUGCUCAGCAAUCUCGCCGCCCUGUGCGGGAACUACUACCGUCAACGGGGCUGCAAGAAGCUGAUUCUCUCUGGAACUGCCAUGGUGCUCGAGCAUGAACCAAUCCGCGAAACCAUACAACAGAUCGUCCGAAGCCCCUCCGAAGAGGAAGAACUGAUCCUAGAUGGGGUUAUCCUGACUGCAGUGGAUGCUGUGGCUCAGGAUAGGCUCCAGAGGAGAGAAAUUGGGAGCUUGCUCGACCAGCACCUGGAUAGCAGUCAGAAAAUGUCAUCCAUCCUUCAAGAGGAAGUCGGCGACUGGGCCCGUCGCAUCUCAACCGAUGGGAAAAACGUGAAGGAUGUUGCGGUGUGUAUUCUGAAGGACGUUGGAUGGAUAUAG